CAACCAGCCGAGCUCCAUCAGCGACUGUGAUCCAUCUUUAGGCCGCCUACAGAGUCAUUCAGUCAUUACGAUCGUGUGCAAUUCUCUUCCUCCGAGUGUGGCCAAGAUUGUGCUUCGACGCCACCCGUUCCUCUAGUCUUGCCCUUGUUCUCUCUGUCGGUCUCUGCGGUAAGUAACCCAAUGGCCAAUGGUCACUAACAGUACUUUAUUAUAUCUGCUAUAGGAUCACAUGAUUCCUUGACCUUAGGAUACUGUGUAGCAGUAUAAUUGCGAUACAGAAAAGUAGAUCUCCACAGGAUUGCAAUAAAGUAUGAGAUACCGAAAUCUGUCAACUCAUUUGUCCCCAAAAUCAAAACACACACACAUUAUCUAUGAUUUCAUGACCUUGACAUUUCUUACCCUUUCCUUUUCCAAAUUCUACUUAUAGUAGAAUCGAUAUACCUAUGGUCAGGUCAUAAAAUCAUACAAGUUUUGCAUAAAAUGUUAUAUUAUGGAGAAAAAAAUGGCCACACCUGCACUUCCUGGGGACAGCCAUGUUAUUACAAUUAUAAACAAUUAUAAAUAUUAGCCUUCUCACUCCUGUCUAUGAUCAAGGGCCAAAUGUAAACAAACUAGUUCACAACAUUACACAAAAAAUUAUUGACACUUUGAAUGAAACAAAUGUUCACAUAAAUUAUCAACACAACAGUUACAAGCCUCACCUACCAAUGCCUGUAAAACACUCACCUACACAACAGAUCAAAUUUUUUCAACAACACAAUUUUUUUUCUCCCUUAACCCCACAUGACAUAAUGUUUCCACAAUAACAUCAUCGCUCCGCCAUAACCCCCAAUCAGGGAAAAAGCUCACCUUCUCCACGGACUCUUAUGUGUCUACGGUCAACCCAAUAAGUCACAACAAGACUGUCUGAGUCUAGGAUGGACUCACCAAAACUUUGGUUCUCAAGCCUUGAGUAACCAAUGUCACCCACAAUACACUAUUCCACGCUAGUACUAUGGCCCUCAUAGCGCCACAUGAAGUUAUUAUCCAUGAAUACUUCUCCUUAGAUAUAAUUAACAUCUAAAUUGUUUUCUUGCAAUAACAAGGCCCAUUUUGUAAUUCUAUACUUUGAAAACGUUGCAGUUUUCAAGUCUCGCUAAGCUUGAAGGUCAUAUUUGGUAACGCCUCAUAUAGAGUAUUAAUCGUGUUCUCGACCUGUGGAAGCAGGAAUGCCCUCUAGGGAAGGGCCGUACCCUUUGAGGGUAAGUUUCCAUGUUAUAAAAUUGUUUCUGUAGACUGAAGAGUUCUCGUUUAUCUUGGUGUCUCCUGGUGCGAUAAACGCAUAUUCACCGUAUUUGCCAGUUCUUCAUCAUGUCACACAGAAUCCAAGGUAGUUUUAGGUACUUCAUCUGGGAUUUAAAUAAGCAAAUUAACCACAUGAGGAAAUAAACUGGUAAAGCAGUAUCAAUGAACAGUGGGAUAGGAUAAUGAAGGCUAGCAAAAGGUCAGCAGAAGAAGUAGUCAAAGAUAGAAAUAAGAGACGAAUGGACAUGAUACAAAGGGAAACCAGAAAGACAACUCAAACAUUCAAUGGAGCCAGAAGAAAUGUCACAAAAAUGUGCAGGACAGAAGAAAGGUCACAAAAUGUGCAGGACAGAAGAAAGGUCACAAAAAUGUGCAGGACAGAAGAAAGGUCACAACAAUGUGCAGGACAGAAGAAAGGUCACAAAAAUGUGUAGGACAGAAGAAAGGUCACAAAAAUGUGUAGGACAGAAGAAAGGUCACAACAAUGUGUAGGACAGAAGAAAGGUCACAACAAUGUGUAGGACAUAAGAAAGGUCACAACAAUGUGUAGGACAGAAGAAAGGUCACAACAAUGUGUAGGACAGAAGAAAGGUCACAAAAAUGUGUAGGACAGAAGAAAGGUCACAAAAAUGUGUAGGAAAUUACAUUUGGAAUAUUCGUAAAAACUAAACUAAAAGUAUCAGAAGAAAUAUCAGUGGAAUGUUCAUGAGGAUAAAAGACUAAGAGAAAACUUGGGUGGCUGGGUGGCUGGGUGGCUGGGUGGCUGAGUGGUCUAAACUGAGCAAAUCUCAAGUUGGUGGCCUGGAGUUCAAUUCAUCACAAGCACCCCGGGCAGAUAAUAAUAAUAAUAAAGUUCAUUUCAAAAACACGCUUCAUCCCCAAAGGCAUUGAAGCGCGGUACAAAGUCAAAAAAAACAACAAAUCUAUAGUUUACCACAUUUAAAACAAACACAACACGACAAAAACUAAGUACAAGCAUAUGUCAAUCUACAGUAGUAUCAAAUAUCCUCUCUUCUUCGCCUCUUCGUCCUCGAGGAACAGCAGCCGAGCAUACUCGUUAACCUUGGAUGGCAACUCAUCUAAGAGAAGGCAACUUAGAAAUCAAACCCAGAGAUGGAGUCCCGAGAGGCGGAUAACAUUGAUACAAUGAGACAUUCCGGCAACUCCUGCGACGUCACUGGUGCCAAGCUGUAUCAUCCAAUGAUGUUCCCUUGGGUUGUCCAGCGGCGUGGAGAGAGGCGAUUUGCUGUUGGGAACCAGCUUAUAAUCCUUUAAUCCAAGGCCUAUUGGAUUUCGAGAAAACUUUGAUAAACCGGCCAAUUGCGUAAGAAACUACAAAAGUAACCAAUUCUAUGGAGAAAAAAAAAUUUGGAGAAGACUUCAUCACAGCAGAAUUUAUAAACAUGGAGGAACAGAACUACACACUCGGACACAUUAAAUCAUAACUAGAAAAUUCCAACAGCCCCAAUACACAAGAAAGGCUCCAAACUUCAAUUCAUAAACUACAGCGGUAUUUCCCUAUUAAAUUUUACAUAGAAAACACUGACAAACUAACUGCCUAAAGUCUUCUACCAUACACUGAACACACACUAGGUCAUUACCAAUGUGAUAUCAGACACAUGAGGUCAGACUGAUCAUAUAUCCACCAGCAGAAGCAUGAUCAUCAUAUGUUAAGAUUGUAAUAUCCCAGUACAUCAACUAUGUGGACUAUAUAAUGUCCUUAUAUCUACAUUAAAGUAAAAUAUCUAUAUAAGACUUUGCAGAAGUAUGUCACACCCAACAAACUGACAAGACUAAUACGUAUAGCAAUAAACAACUAAGAAAAAUCUAGAUUCAUGGAGAAUAUUAAAGUAGUGAUUUUCACAUUGGACGAGGCCUAAAACAAGGAGACUCACUCUCGUGUAUGCUACAUAGAGUGAGUUAUAAGAAACGUCCAAGCAGAUUACUGUGUGUGGAUGUCUUAUGGCCAAUUGUCAUGGGUUCGCUUUGCCCGACGUGUUGGUUUCCUGUCAUCGCAGCGGAAACUCACCACAAAGGUUAUGCAGCAUUAACGAUCAGAAAUCUACCCAGCCUCAACCAGUACCACUAACCUACAUAGGAAUCAAAACUUGCUGAUGAUUUCGCAAAAAAAUGGCACAGACAGUGGGCAGACAGUGCAAAGGCUGGGGUGUCUUCACUAACAUACCAUCUGCUAGCAGACAAUACCCUUGGCUGGGAUCAGGUCAUAGACAUCGGAGUCUGACGCUGACAUGCCAUCUGUUAGCGGAGCAGACAAUACCCUUGGCGGGGAUCAGAUCGUAGACAUCGGAGUUUAGUGACGCUGACAUGCCAUCUGUUAGCAGACAAUACCCUUGGAGGGGAUCAGAUCGUAGACAUCGGAGUUUAGUGACGCUGACAUGCCAUCUGUUAGCAGACAAUACCCUUGGAGGGGAUCAGAUCGUAGACAUCAGAUUCUAGGGAUUACAUCGCAGACAUCAGGGUCUAGUGACACCUAUUUUUAAAAAAUGUAGUUUCAUCAAUAAAUAGGAAAUUGUUAACAUUAUUUAACUAGAAAUAAUCUAUCUUGCUAAGAUAAGGAAUUUCCCAAGAGAGUCUGGAAAGUUUCUCUGUAGAUUUGUUUAGAGCUUUGAAUAGACCUUCUCACAUGAUCUGACAGACUUAACCAAUAUUAUCUUAUUUUACGCACUAAACAGAAAUGUAGGGGUAGAACCAUACGCGGUUUCAGAUGCAAUGUGGACCUCAGGCUCACCCCAGGCAAGAGUCGGUAUUGCAGGUGGCACGCGUUACAAGACCCAGAAUAUGGUAAGUAAAAGCAAAGUCAAUUGUUACGCAAUUUUGGACCCACUUCCCCCCUAACUUGUCAACAACUAUUUAAUUAUGUCAACAUUUUAUACCCCCCCCACUCUUAAACAACAAAACAAAACAAGCAAUUGUACUAUAACUAUAUUUAUAAAUACAUUUUACUUCGUGCUGAUCUAUUUAAAUGACGCAUACAAUUGUACUAUAACUAUAUUUAUAAAUACAUUUUACUUCGUGCUGAUCUAUUUAAAUGACGCAUACAAUUGUACUAUAACUAUAUUUAUAAAUACAUUUUACUUCGUGCUGAUCUAUUUAAAUGACGCAUACAAUUGUACUAUAACUAUAUUUAUAAAUACAUUUUACUUCGUGCUGAUCUAUUUAAAUGACGCAUACAAUUGUACUAUAACUAUAUUUAUAAAUACAUUUUACUUCGAGCUGAUCUAUUUAAAUGACGCAUACAAUUGUACUAUAACUAUAUUUAUAAAUACAUUUUACUUCGUGCUGAUCUAUUUAAAUGACGCAUACAAUUGUACUAUAACUAUAUUUAUAAAUACAUGUUACUUCGUGCUGAUCUAUUUAAAUGACGCAUACAAUUGUACUAUAACUAUAUUUAUAAAUACAUUUUACUUCGAGCUGAUCUAUUUAAAUGACGCAUACAAUUUUAAGGAAAACAUUUCAUUCCAUGUGUAGCUUGUUAAUCAACAAGUUAAAAAGUAGUUUACUCUUAAAUUUUAUAAUGCAGAAUCAAUUAUGUAAUAGCGAAUUUCAAUAUUUGCUUGGUGAUAGAUUUGAUUGUAACGAACAUGUCAAUGUUAUUAAUUAUCAGUGUUUUGUUUAACUUGGUGAUAGAUUUGAUUGUAACGAACAUGUCAAUGUUAUUAAUUAUCAGUGUUUUGAGAUGGUUAAAUAACAAAAUAACUUUUUAUUUUGGUUAAAAUUAUUUUCAGCCGACCUGCUCACUCAAAAUGGAAACAACCUCUGGUUCAUAGCCGUACCUGUUGUGGUGGUCUCCGUGAUCUUGUUCUGGAUUCUUGUAAAGACCUUGGGCAUUCCGACGCUAGAAGACCCAACCGACGAGACCAUUUGGACGGAAUCGCUGAAUGAGUUACCACUUUAGUAGAACAUUCAUAUCCCACCAGUAUUACCUUGUAAUUGAAAUAACCCAAAUAUUGUAUGUCCGGGUAAUAUCCCACCUUCGGGAAAGACAUGGGUAUUGUGAAUGAUCAGGGAUAUUGUGAAUGUUCAGGGGUAUUGUGAAUGAUCAGGGAUAUUGUGAAUGAUCAGGGAUAUUGUGAAUGUUCAGGGAUAUUGUGAAUGUUCAGGGGUAUUGUGAAUGUUCAGGGGUAUUGUAGAGGGCCAGG